AGGAAUCUCAGACCGGGUUCACCAUUACUUCAGCCGAAGAUUCAUUUUAGUGGAAUGAACAAUGCUUUGCCUCGCAUCCACUAUGAAUAUGUCAUCAUCUUCUACGCAGCGGGAUAUCAGAUGCAGCGUAAGGAAACUUGAUUCUUCUUCACUUAGAUCUUGCGCCCGUACCAGGAUACUUAACAAACAAUCAAGAAUUUGGAUUCUCACUCCGCGACAAAUCAAGAGCGAUGGCGGAUCCACGUGAUAUGCCGGUGUCGAAAUGCAACAGUUAUAAGGUUGAACGUGCAAUGGGAAAAACAGGAGUAAGCGGUCCUUACCGGAUUCGAAGGAGGCUCCGGGUAGCACACUUUGAUCUUCUUCUUUGGUUUAGCGUCGUGGUUGUCACAAGUUCGUUGGUCUCGUUGAUGAAAGAAGACGAUGAUGUGGUUGGGUCAUUCACCGAGAUGAAUCCUGAAGCUUCCUCGGCUCGCGUUCGUGUUCGUGAUGAAGACUCGAGGUGGAUGCUAAUGUUGCAAGUUGUUGAAUUUGUCGUCGCCGCUUGGCUUUGUUCGCCUUGUCGUUCAUGCUCGCAUUCGCUUUUGAAUUGUUGUGGCCUUGCAGUUUGGUUGGAAAUUAUGUAGAUUUUUCAGGUUAUCGUGAUCGUUGUUGUUGCUUUCUGUAUUCCGUCAAGACUUGCAAGAGCUUGUACUAUGGCAAUGAGCAUUGGUCACAUUAAAUAUAUCGUAGUUUUUGUAAUUUGAAGUUAAAUUGUAAUUUUGUUGUAAGUAUGUGUAAGACUCCAAUUUUGACCCUAUGAUCCCUCAUGAUAUCUCAUUAUAUGCAUUAAGCAUUGGGAUCAUACAUUGGCAUCCUCCUUAGCGCUCACUCAUUGGGUUUGUAUUGGGAGAGAUCAUCAAGCACCAUGUGAUUGUAUCAUACUUUCUAAUUUAUCAUCUUUACUAACCAAAAUACCAAAAAUAUGUCUUUGCAUU